CAUUCGCUUUUCGUCCUCUCAAUUGUAAGUGUAUUCAUUGAUCAAUUUAUAUCAAGUAUUAUUUAGUUUAAAUCAUGACAAUGUAAAGAUUAAACAGUAUAAAUAAAUCAUAUAAAAAUAAAUGUAUUCCGAUAUCGCCUCGAAAGGUUUUUCAUGUCAAAUAAAUCCUCAUCUACUAUUUAUGUUUUCAUAAUUAUGCCAUCCAAUUCACGAUUUCAGGUAGCCGGUAUCAUUUAUUUAUCGUUCAAAUGAGCAUCAUUAUGUUUUGAUGGGUUAAUGAAGUAUUCAUCAUCAUCAUCAUCAUCAUCAUCAUCAUCAUCAUCAUCAUCAUCAUCAUCAUCAUCAUCAUCAUCAUCAUCAUCAUCAUCAUCAUCAUCAUCAUCAUCAUCAUCAUCAUCAUCAUCAUCAUCAUCAUCAUCAUCAUCAUCAUCAUCAUCAUCAUCAUCAUCAUCAUCAUCAUCAUCAUCAUCAUCAUCAUCAUCAUCAUCAUCAUCAUCAUCAUCAUCAUCAUCAUCAUCAUCAUCAUCAUCAUCAUCAUCAUCAUCAUCAUCAUCAUCAUCAUCAUCAUCAUCAUCAUCAUCAUCAUCAUCAUCAUCAUCAUCAUCAUCAUCAUCAUCAUCAUCAUCAUCAUCAUCAUCAUCAUCAUCAUCAUCAUCAUCAUCAUCAUCAUCAUCAUCAUCAUCAUCAUCAUCAUCAUCAUCAUCAUCAUCAUCAUCAUCAUCAUCAUCAUCAUCAUCAUCAUCAUCAUCAUCAUCAUCAUCAUCAUCAUCAUCAUCAUCAUCAUCAUCAUCAUCAUCAUCAUCAUCAUCAUCAUCAUCAUCAUCAUCAUCAUCAUCAUCAUCAUCAUCAUCAUCAUCAUCAUCAUCAUCAUCAUCAUCAUCAUCAUCAUCAUCAUCAUCAUCAUCAUCAUCAUCAUCAUCAUCAUCAUCAUCAUCAUCAUCAUCAUCAUCAUCAUCAUCAUCAUCAUCAUCAUCAUCAUCAUCAUCAUCAUCAUCAUCAUCAUCAUCAUCAUCAUCAUCAUCAUCAUCAUCAUCAUCAUCAUCAUCAUCAUCAUCAUCAUCAUCAUCAUCAUCAUCAUCAUCAUCAUCAUCAUCAUCAUCAUCAUCAUCAUCAUCAUCAUCAUUCGGGGUCUGUGUUUAUAAUAUAUCUAAUUGUUCAGUGAUUAAAAACUGA